UGGGCCCCGUCCUGCAACCGCAGUGAAAGAUGAUCCCAACUCGUGCAUCCUUCGCCGCACCACCACCAACUACCAUACCAAAUGGAAAAUCGACAGAUACUCGAAAAAAUUGCUAUUUUAUCCCCCCACCGCACCACGAACCUUCCUCUCCCGUUUUCUUCUCCGCCCGUCGUUGGAACGCACGCGGUAUCGACGCAAGAAGGGAAGGGAUUCAAGGGAAGAGAAGGAAAGAAGGAAGGAAGCGUUCAAAGCUCUUUCUCUGACGGAUUCCCUUGCUUGACUGGAUCCCCCACUUUCCCCCCUCCUUUUACGAUCCUCUUGAUUCCGGCGAGCUUCGUCUUCUCCAUUUCGAUCUCUCUCCAGGCUGCACGAUGACAUAUGCAACGCAGAAUGAAGGUGCCUCUUCUAGCUCGACUUCAAUAAGCAGCCAAAGAAACGAUACUGAUGAUGACGGGAUGAUUGCAUUUGUUCUUUCAGAAGAAUAUGCUGGCUUAGAUGGUGCAGUUGCUAGACGACUUUCAAAUCUGUCCUCUGUCCCUCAUAUCCCCCGGAUAAAUUCAUUCAUUCCAAAAUUGAGUGAUGCCAGUCUAGAUCACCAGCGUCUUCUCCAGAGGCUAAAUGCUUAUGGCUUAUAUGAAGUGAAGGUCUCGGGGGAUGGCAAUUGUCAGUUCCGUGCACUUUCAGAUCAGAUGUACAGAUCACCAGACCAUCACAAACAUGUUCGAAAAGAGAUAGUAAAGCAGCUGAAAGAAUGUCGUUCUCUAUAUGAAGCUUAUGUUCCCAUGAAAUACAAGCACUACUACAAGAAAAUGGCCAAAUCUGGUGAAUGGGGAGACCAUGUUACACUACAAGCAGCAGCUGAUAAGUUUGUGGCAAAGAUAUGUCUUCUAACUUCAUUUAGAGAGACCUGUUUUGUUGAGAUUGUUCCACGAUACCAAGCUCCUCAAAGAGAGCUAUGGCUGAGUUUCUGGUCUGAAGUACACUACAAUUCGAUUUAUGAACUCCAAGGUCAGUUUCUUACCAAGUAUAUGAAAGUGUUUUAUACUUCAAUUAUUUUAGGAUACAGGUUAGACUUGUUUGAGGCUUGAAUUUGGCUUGUUAGAACUUAUUUCCCUUCCUCUGACAUACUUUCCUCCUUUCCUGAUUUACUAGUAGAUGAUUGCUUGUCUUGUUUCACAGAUCUUCAAGUUCGGUAUAAGCCUAGAAAGAAAUACUGGUUAUUUUAGAGGGUUGUGUAAAGCUUUAAAGAGUCAUGGAGAUCAUUUCUCUUGUGCAUAUGUAUGUGCCAAUUUUGAGUUUUUGUUAGUUUACUUCAAUUAUGGUUCUUGAAUUGAAUUGUUCUGUAUGACUUAUUAUAAUAGAUAUUGACUCUGUCAAUCCCAUUCUUUAUAUUCUUUAAAUCGUUUGGUUCA